AAUCUACUUGACAACACCACGCUCAGUGCUCGCUGUUGAAAUCAAAAUAUGUCGGUUAUUAAGCGUCAAGAUCUCGCAAAAAUGACAGAAAAACUGUUAAAAAGAAAAGAAUGCAAAUUCGAAAAACAUGAAAUUGAAAAAUUGAUAACGAUGUUUGUCAGCAUCACUGGUGGUGUAAAUAAUAAGCUGGAUCGCACUAAGUUUCGUGACGUUCUGCACAUCAGUUUCAAUAUGACUGAUGAUAUCUUAAUGGACCGAGUAUUUAGGGCAUUUGAUCAAGACAGUGAUAACUAUUUAAGCCAUGAAGAAUGGGUGAUUGGCCUUUCUACCUUUCUGAAAGGUGCUCAAGAUGACAAAAUUAAAUACUGUUUCGUUGUCUAUGAUUUAAAUGGUGAUGGAUGGAUUUCAAGAGAAGAAAUGUUUCAGCUUCUCAAAACCUCCAUUCUGAAACAUUCGUCUGAGGAGGACCAAGAUGAAAACAUCAAGGAGUUGGUAGAGCUGAUUCUAAAGAAGAUGGAUCAUGAUCAUGACAGCCGAUUAAGUAUGAGUGAUUUCAAGCAGGCCGUGGAAUCGGAAAUCCUUUUACUGGAAGCAUUUGGUCCUUGUCUACCGAGUCCAAAGCUUCGUGAUGCAUUCCUAGAGGAAUUAUCCCAGGAACAAGCCAAGUAUUAGAGAACUCAUUUAUACCCAUCUUCACUCUACAGGAACAGUCAGAAAUAUUGUUUGUAUAUAGUGUCUGAGAUGUUUAUCUCUACAAUGUAGGGUAGUAGAGAGAAAAGAGGGACCUAGCUUAAUAUAUUACUUGUUAUGGUGUCAUGUGGAGCUUUACUGAUGUCAUUUAAGUAUUAAAUGAUGGAGAUAAAACUCCAUCUGAAUUCUAGAAAUGUACCUUUGAAAAAUGAUACAUGUAUCUACUUACUUUGAAUGAUAGAUUUAUGUGUGUUUGAAGGAAGUGGUCAAAGUAAUUUGUUAAUGUUCUUGUUAUCACAUUUUGUAUUUUUUAUUGACAUUGUAUUUUAUAUUUAAGCUCUUUCUAUUUCUGUAAGAAAUACUCAUUUUCAUGAUGGUGACAAUCAAUUAUCAAAU